CACGGCAGCCCCCGCCUGCAAGUCGCCGGGCUGAAUGAAGGGCCAUUGAGCGAGGGGCAGCCGCAAGGAGCGCAGCCGGGCGGCAGGAGACGCGGCAAGCGAGCCGAGCCAGACUCGCUGCUGCGAGAAGAGGCAGAGCUAAGGGCGCUCGCCCGGGAGAGCGGACUCAGCUUAGCAGCAGCAGCAGCAGCAGCAGCAGCAGCAGGUGGUUCUCUCGCUGGCAGUCUUCGGAACAGCAGGAGCCUCCAGCCUCGCUCGCCGCGCCAGGGCAGCUGCAGCGGCAUCAGGGACAGCACCACCAGCUUCCCUCCCUACAUCCCUCCCUCAGGGUAACAGCUGCUGCAGCCUCUUCGCAGAACAGCAGCCGCAGCAGGAAGAGACAGGUCUCCCGACAGCAUCCUUUAUCACGGCAUCCUUUCCAUCUUGGGUACCAGCAUCCUUUCCACCCUUGGGUACCCUUUAUCACGGCAUCCUUUCCAUCUUGGGUACCAGCAUCCUCUCGCCCAGGCGCUUAAUUUCCUGGGUACCAACAUCCGCUGUUUCCAUCUCAGCAUCACCUUCUCUCUCUCCCCUCCCCCCCGCCCUCCACCCUUCAAGCGUUUGGGUCGUCCAUUCUCCCCCAUCUUUGCUUCCCCCACAUUUCCACUUCCAACCCAUUUUGUCUCGCCUCCCUGAGGCCCCCUCACAACAGCCAAGACGCCGCGGGCUGUGCUGCGAGUGAAGAAUGGGGCGUCGAAGCUGGCCAAGCCGCAGGCUGCGGCCGAAGCCCCCGGUGGCGCCCCGGGUUCUGGGCUUUUCAUGGAGCGCUCGCAGAGUCGCCUCAGCCUGUCCGCCUCUUUCGAGGCCCUUGCCAUUUACUUCCCCUGUAUGAACAGCUUCGACGAGGAGGACACGGAAGGAGAUGGUCGGAAACUCAAAGGUGCUAUCCAGCGGAGCACAGAAACUGGUUUGGCUGUUGAAAUGCCAAGCCGAACUAUCCGACAAGCCAGCCAUGAAUCCAUUGAAGAGAGUAUGAACAGUUACGGAUCCGAAGGAAACUUGAAUUUCAAUGGAGCCCAUCUGGCAUCCACUGGUCAGUUCAGCGACUUCCUGGGUAGCAUGGGACCGGCACAGUUUGUGGGUCGUCAGACUUUGGCCACUACCUCGAUGGGGGAUGUGGAAAUUGGGUUACAGGAGCGAAAUGGACAACUGGAAGUGGAUAUCAUUCAAGCCCGAGGACUGACCCCAAAGCCGGGCUCCAAAACUCUUCCAGCUGCUUACAUCAAGGCCUAUUUACUCGAAAAUGGGGUGUGCGUUGCUAAGAAGAAGACCAAAGUGGCUCGCAAAUCCUUAGACCCCCUGUACAAUCAAGUGUUGCUUUUCCCGGAAAGCCCUCAAGGCAAAGUACUGCAGGUGAUAGUCUGGGGAAACUACGGACGCAUGGAACGCAAACACUUUAUGGGAGUUGCCCGGGUUCUUUUGGAAGAACUGGAUCUGUCAACAUUGGCAGUUGGCUGGUAUAAGCUUUUCCCAACCUCCUCAAUGGUCGAUCCGGCUACCGCUCCACUCCUGCGCCAAUCCUCACAGCUUUCCUUGGAGAGCACAGUCGGACCUUGCUGUGACAGGUCUUAAUGAGCAAAGAAGUACCAGGAAAACUGCUUGUUUUUAAAAUCAUGCUGUCAAGGUUUUGUUUGCUGGAACGCUGUCCUCAAGUGCAUUGCAUCUUCAGUCCGUUCUCGGGGGAACCUGAAAGCGAGGAUAGUCAAGUAACCUUGGACAGAAGCCAAGAUGAAGGCCAGUGACUUUUCGCCAUCCACGUAGGAGGAGCUGUGAGGGCACGUGUUCUAAUAAUGAAAUGAUAUAUAUACACACACACGGCACACUUUUUGUUUCCUUUGUUUUGCUGUCAUCCAUGCACCCCUGCUUCAGAUCAGUGUAAAGUCUUGAAAUGUUGCAGCAUCUUUUUUAAUCUGGGAAGAUAAUUCUUUUUCUUAACUUCCUCUUUUACAAAUUUGAAACAAUUUUUGGCAAUUCUUAAAUGUUCAAAGCAAACAACUGACGUAAAACAAAAGAGCAGUUUCAGGGAAACUUUGUGGGUUUUGUAAGAUUUUCUUUCUUUUGAAGAUGGAAAAAAAGGAACUGCAACUAUUUCUUUAGAACAAGUUCCACAGUUCUGUUCGAUGUACAAACACCGUCGCUGUAUUUUUUACAUGGUGCCAAAUUACCAGCAGUGUCUUUUACUAUAGGACUUAGGCCAACAGUACUGCUGAAGUAUUUUUUUAGAAGUACCAAGAGAGUAUACUUUGGUUACACAAGUCAGUUCUCAUGCAAAGAGCCUAGAGAGCAAAUUAGUUGGAAUGUUGCACAGACUAAAGUGGAAUGUGAAUUGGGAAUUUUGCAGAAAGAGAUAUUAACCCAUUGUUAGAUAUGAACAUAGCAAGCGUCAUACACAAACACCCCCCACACCUUACUUCAGCUUUUGUUUUGUUACCCUCUGUUGUGUUUUUGCUUCCACAUUCUAGUCAUGCUUUGCAUUUACUGGCACAUAUCUUAUUGGUGUGCCACAUUCCUCUGGAAUAGGGAUUGGUUUGAGGUAGCAAUACUUUAUUUCACCAUAGCUAACAAAAUGAUAAAAUAACAGGUUGCAUUUUUAAACGCAAAUAACAGAAGCUGAAAUUAUUGUUGUCACCUGAGUACAGGAGACAAAAUCUUGAAAUGUUGCAGCAUCCUGCACUUAGAAAAAGGAGUAUUAUAUUGCAGUAACGUUAUUAAUACAUUAGCGAUGCGAAGCAACCUGGAGGAAGCUUAUCUGCUUUUUCCCAAAGCUCAGGCACAGGAGGCAGUUAUCCAUCUAAGGGCGUUUUCACAAGUGACUGUUCAAGCGCCAUUUAACCUCUUGCAUGGCUUGUUUGCAGGUGUGAAUGGCUGUAAUACAACUUUGAGUGAGCAGGAAGAAUGGAUUAACGUUUGCAUUCCAACUUUCAUGAGGGUGUGUGUGUGUGUGUGUGUGGCCGGCCUAUGAAAGGAUGUGCUCUAUCCAUUGUGCAUUAGUGGUUCUCCGUCCACCAUUUUUACCAUAGAGUUGCAUCCAUUCUUGACUCGGUAAAUGAGGGCAUGUCUUCCACUGCAUUAGCUGGUGCAUGGUGACCCAUCAGGAGAAGUCUUACUUUUGAACUGAGUUCAUGUGAAUCACCCAAAGCAGUGAUAUCAGCAACAAAAAAUUGCAGGUAAUAAAGUGAUUUUUCAAGUCGCUUGUGAAAACACCCUGCUCACUGGAGAUAGGCUUUGUGGAUUUUUUGAGAAAUGCAAAAAAGAGAAAAAGAGGAUGAUGUAAAUAUUUUAUGUUAACCAAUAAAGAAGAGAUAGAUAUGUAUUCUGCAUAUAGCUAAGAAGGCAGCAGCUGUCGACAGAAGGAGUCACACAUGGCAGAGUAGCAGACUGUAUAAAUAAAGUGAAACAUUUUGCCUGGACACAAACACACCUCAAGGCUCUAGAAUCUAAUUUUCGAAUGGCAAUUCAAGCCAUGAUGCUGUUUCUGUAUUUGAAUUUAACUUUUGUACUUUUACUAGAGGUUUGUUUUUGGUUUUCAUUUCUAAUGAAAGUUUAAUUUUUGUGAUCUCAUAUGUUUUCCUGUGAGGAUAUCAAACGCUGACUUAUUUUUUUAAACACAGUUUAAGAUGCCAAGUCCUGUGUUAACAUUUGGGAGCCAUCUGGAAAUAGCUUCCUAACCUGUUGUUACAGCACAAAGUAAUAGCAAAGUCUGUACCCAAAUUACAAAAUAAGCAUGGCUAAAGCAUGAAUUGCUAUAGGAUGCAACUUAGACAGUCGCAUGCUAUAGAUGGCAUUUUUAAUGGUUUGGGAAACAAUGGCCACAAAUGACUAUGACUACAAAAACAAUAGGCCCAGUCAUAAGCUCUGUUAGAAGUAACCUAAUAUAGAUAAUAGGAUAAGGGAAAGUUAAGUUAAGGAUUUUUAAGUAUAUUCAAGUCACAGAAGUUCCACAUUUCAGUCUGAUUAUCAUAAUUUCUUCUAUGCCUGUGAUUUCAAUAUAAUUCCUUUUCCAAUUUGCAUUACAAUUUUUCUAUAUAUUGACUGAAGGAGGGUAGUUGCAUGUUGGUCGAAAUACGCUGUGACUCUUUUUUAUUUAUUUAAAUACAUAUGAACUGUACUUCAAGCUGACACCUCUUCAUGUUUGUGUAUAGUAAGUACUAGGCAAUAUUGUACAAUAUAUGUAUGACGUAGAUUGGGUUAGACUUAGUGGUUGGUAGCACUGACUCUUUUAAUAACCUUGUCUUUAAAAGGACUAUGGGGAAAGAAACACAUAUUCCAUACCUGGGAAUCGAACAGAAGAUGUUCAUGCUUUCUAAUUCAAAGAUGUUAUGUUGUUUGAACCUGUAAAUCUAGUCAGUCAUGUUUUGCAUGUAUCCUGCAGUAUGGUUGUCAAGUUUUUCUCCAAAUGUUCAUAAUGGGGGAGGGAGUAAAAAUGCUGAAACAUAUCCCUGGAUAUAAUUCCAGACUCUGUUUUGAAAUGUCUGGAGAUGGCUGUUGGAACAUUGGCUAUCUCCAUGAUAAGCAAAUUCUAUAGUGCUGUGUCCCGUAUCUUCCCAAAACGUGAAUGGGUAAAACAGGGUGGGUUUGAUUAUGAAUACACUAAACAAAAGGACUGUCCCAAAACGGUUUAGACAUUAUUUUUAAUAGAAAAUAUCCUUACACUUCAAAAUACCUGAUGCAUUCCAAUCCCAAAUUCUUCUUCUUUAGGUUACUAUUGAGUUAACUAAUUCCUCUCUUUCUUUCUUCUUGAGUGUGGCUCUGGAUCCUGGCCAAAGCCCUCCACUGCGUUAAGAAUAUGUAUUUACUGGAUUUUUACCUCAUAUUUCCAUUUUUGUAGAAUCCAGGAGGAGGAAGAGCAGCAGAGGCACUGUUGCCACUGGUGCAGUUGGUGAGGCUGGUUUGCCAGUGGCUCUGGGCCAGCUGCACCGAUCCACUGCCUUACUGUGUCUCAUUAGUGGGCUGGCCCUGACAGUUUGGGCAGUGAAACCGGAGUAGCUUUUUGGAAUCAGAUUCACCUUUUUGUUUUUUGAUACCCUCAGGUAUGGAAGACACUGAAAUCUCUUUUUAAAAUACAUCAUUAACCUUAAAUGUGGAAAGAAUUUGAAGGAAAGAUACCUUUUCAUACUCUGAGAACGUUUCUUUAUUUUCAUCAGUCAGUAUACAUAUAAACAGCUGUUCCCCAUCAGCUCAUUUCCAUUUAGUAUGGGAGCAUUGAUAUGAAAUAUAUCAUUUUUCUUUUAGAAAUGCGGUUUAGGGCAAACUUCCAAGAUUUCCCUUUGCCCCUUCUUCUGUGCUACUGACCACACUCCCCGACACCUCACACCCCCACACCUAAAAAGUUGCCCUUAAGCAUAUUCUGGAACAGAAUUCCAUAAGGUAUGUGUAAGGAUCUGCUUCUGGAAGGGAAAAUCAGUUCCUCUCCUGUAUGUGCAUGCAGCAUGCACAGGCUUCUAUGGAUCCAGUUCUGACUUGUGACGUUCAGGUUAGUAAGCAAAUAAAACAAAACAAAAAAUAUACUGCAAAUAUAAUAAAUAAAAAGCUACAUUAACCAGAAUAUGGAGCUGAUUUAAAAACAACUUUUUUUCACUUUCAGUCUGCACUAACAGCAUUCAGAAAUUGUCUGUUCCAAACUAAAAGGUGCUCUUAAUUUUAGCAUUCUUAGUUUUGGAUAUACAAAAAUUCCAAUGUGGUUUCCCCCACCAUCAAAACUGAGGUAGGGUUUCUCAAAUGAGGCAGGUUUAUUUAUUGCUCCAACACUGUGAUGGGUUGCACAACACCUGUGCUCACUUUUUGCUGGGAUGUGCACAAAGGGUUUAGAAACUCCAGGUGAUAAAGAACCAACCUCAGGUUUAGAAAAGCUCUUCAUCUAUGAAGCUCAUUAUGGCGUUUAUUUUCUUCUGUUUCAGAUUGCAAUGCACUGGACAUGAUCCAUAGAGCUCUUUCAGGUGUGCAAUCCAAGGCUUCUCCCACUUCCUGCCAGAGUUCUCUCUAAUUUCCUUUCAUCUGUGUGCAGAAUGAGUUUUGUUCUGGGCAGUAGUAUCAAGGCAAUGUGUGCACAUGCGCAUUUAGAGUGGGGCCUUCCUAAUUCAACCAGAGUGAGAUCUAAAAUUGACUAAGCAGGCAUUAAAGAACAUGCAAGUGUGUGUGCACACACACGCCUUAGAGGGAACACUGCUCCCCACAUAGCAGCUCUUCAUACUGAGUCUGAGGAUGUUUCUCAAGCUUCCCCAGGAUUUGGGGUCAGCUUCUUACGUAGCCCAUUUGUUUUGGGACCCAUAAAUCUAACUUCUGUUUUGUUGUUUGGGGUCUGUAAAAGAAGCGUUCAGCAUUUUAAACCUGACCUUUUGCUGCUUUUAAAAAAGUUUAAAAUAAGACAUGUGUCUAUCUGUAACUUUUAAUUAUUCUUUUACAGGGAAGUAGUAGCUGUGUUUGGAAGAGUUAGCAUGUGUCAAUAGGUGAUUGCUUCCCCUGUGUGUGUCCUCCUAAAGUUCUGCUUGAUGUUAAUGGGAGGAAUGGGAUCAGCCAAUUUGAUCAUAUUUUUUUAAAUCUUUGCUCUAUGAUUAAGUAAUUGCAAGAGCUGCAUCACUAAGAGCAAAGCAGCAUCCUCUCAAUCACUAUCCCAAGGACACAGAAAGUUUUAGAUAGGAUAUUCAUUACCCUGUUGUGUUCUUCAAACACAAGAGUAAUGAUCUCAGAUCCACAAUUUCUUCAGGCAGAAAUGUAGGUGUUCCAAUCUUUCAGCAGUGCUUUAUCCCUACCCCCCAUUCCUGAUACAAAUGGUAGAAAGAGGGAGAGAGAAACCAGGUUCUCUCAGCUCCUACACAAUUGAACUAAGGGCAAAAGUGCCCCAAAGGCCACAUAUCAAUGGCCUCUGAGUUGCAGCUUAUUCUCAUUGCACAGGAAAUGCCCAUAUUCACACAGGGAGUCUGUUGUUGGAGUGGGGAGCUGAAUCUGGAUCUCCAGUGCCUCUAAGCACCAGAUCAUUCUUCUAUAAACAUAAUUGUUUGGGAGGAUCAGGGUUUAAGUAAAACCCAGCCUGCUAUUAGCUCAGCCAAUGUUUCCCAACUCUGGGGCGAAGGGCAUUUUGAAGAAAACAAAACAAAAACAAAUUGGGAAUGGUUUUGUUGUAUAUACUUAUACCUUUUUAAUGUUUUUAAUACUGGAUCCCUUAUAAAUGUACUGUUAAAAAAGUAGGUCUUCGGGCAUAAGAAAUGCCAUAAGUUUAUGUAUAGAAAGAAAUUAUGUAUGAAGUUGAGGCAGUUAGAAUCUCAACGUAAGCAUGUUUAACAGUAACCAUCUUAGAUAGCAGGACAACUUUUUUUAUGAAACUCAUUUUAAGCUAUUAUAUUAUAUGCUGUUUAAUAAUUUUGACACUGGAGAAAUAUUUUCUUUAAAAACAAAAAUGCUGUAUGUUUUUUUUAAAGAUGGUAUAAUUUAACCUUUUUUUAAAAAAAGAAAAUGUUUUAUGUUCUUGGCACAAUAUGUAUUCAUUGCUUUUUCUCAAUCCAGAGAAAGCUAGCCACAUGUAAGUCCCAUUAAAAUGAAUGGGUCAUAAAUUAGCUGCAACUAACUUAUCCUAUUGAAUGCAAUGGAACUUCAGUACAACUAUCUCUGGAUUGAGGUUUAUUGUUUCUGUGUUGGAUACUCAAUGUUAUAUUUUAUGAACUCCCCCCACCCCCAAAUGAAGAAGUAUGUAAAUAGCUACUGGGAAAUAGUCCUAUAGAACUUCACUUGAAACUGUUGUUAAGUUAUUAUUAUUAAUAUUGUUAAGAAUAUUUGCAAAUUGUUGAUUACAUCUCUGCUAAGAUCUAAGCCUAAGAUCUAAGCCUUUCUUGAAGGAAUUGAUGUUGUAUUUUCAAGAUGGGGAAAAAAAGCCUACUUAGCUAGUUUGUCAUAAUCCUGUAUUCUGUAAACAAAAACAAACCUUUUUAUAAAGAGUCUAAAUAGGCUUACAAGCAAUAAUAUAUUCCUUUUGGUGUGUGCAGGUUGUGACAUGCAGAUGGCAGUGUAUAUCACAGAUACAAUAUGUGAUGAUGGACUUAAUUCUUAGAGAAGUCAGCUCUGGACAGGCCAUGUUAACACUGGCAGUUUGUUUAUUUUAAAAGAAAAGAUGGGGUAAUGCCGUGCAGAAGAUUUAAUUCAAUCUAUUUGCAUAAGCAAGUCUUUUCACUGACCAUUAAGAUUUCAGUAGAUGACUUUACGAUUGUCAAAAGUUUCAGUAUAAAGCUCACAUGUGUCAGAUCUCCUAGUUUUCAGAUAAUUGCUUAGCGUUUGUUACUAUUGUUUCAGGCAUUGCCACUGCCAAUUGCUCUGUGCUCUGAGUCUGAUGGCAGUUCUGCCCUCUAACGGCCUGUUUAGCAAAGGCACCUCAUAGAAACUAAAACUGCAACCCUAUGCACUUUCCUGGGAGUAAGUCCCAUUGAACUCAGUGGGAUUUACUUCUGAGUAGACAUACAUAGGUUUUCACUGCAUAAGGAGAGCCUCUGGGUCCGCCCUCCCCCUGAGCAGCAGUUUCAUUCUUUAUCAUGACACCAAAGCAAGGGAGUACAUGCACCUUCAUAAACUAAAGCAUGGAUUGAUAAAGCCAGUAAAUAUUAUGCUGUUGUACUGAAUUUUUCAUACUAUGGCAAAGACUCGAAAUAUGACAGAAGCAACAUCUACUCUGCUCUUCAAACUGCAUCAUUAUUUAAUUCAGUUCAUCCCACCUGGUGAAUAAAAUAAUUGGGCUCCAGUUAGUACACAAAGGCAUUUUAAGAAAAUGUAUGAGAAAUGUACAUUUCUCUGUUGAUUUGUCAAGCAGCAAGUUAUAUUUGCAGUACUACACCUGGAACAGAGGUCAGCAACUUACUGCCUUGUGCCAAAUUUCAGCCAUUUGUGUGGUUUUUGUUGCCAACCCCACAUAGGCGAAGGAGGAAUGUGAAUGGACUAGGCAACCAGCCAUUUUGAGAGAUUGAGCAUGGAGCCUAGGUUUGCCUGGCCUCCUCCUUUCCCAAAGUGGCCCCACUGACAAACCUAGCUGCUUAGAAGAAUCUCCAUAUGUUAAUCACACACACAUUUGUACAGUAAGUAAAGAGUUAGUAAGGGAUAUAUGUAGCUGCCAUAUACAAGAAUACUAAAUGGACACGAAGCAUGUGUCCAUUUAGGUCUGUAUUGUCUAUUCUGACAGGCAAUUGUUAUCCUAAGGCAGAGGUUCCCAACCUUGAGUCCCCAGAUGUUGUUAGAAUACAAUUCCCAUCAUCUCCAGCCAUAAAGGCCAUUAGCAUCUCUGUUGAAGUCAGAGGGAAGGGUCCUCACCAGUCCUGCUACCUGAAAACAGUUUUUAACUGGAAGUGACAGACAUUGAAUCUCGGACCUUCUGCAUGCAAAGAAAGACAUUCCCAGUCAGAGGAGGCCUAACUGGAGCACACUUGCAUGGGGGAUUUACAAAUCCACUCCUCUGACCACACUUACCCCAUAAUAGAAGGCCCCUGGGACCCUUGUACUGUGGCAGGUUCAACAUCCUAAUUUGAUCAACACAUGUUGGCCAAGCCUCACAAAUCCAGUCUGCCCAAUACAUGACUAGGCAUUACAAAUGCCUCUUUUCUGCUUUCAAUUCUGCAUGAACAAUUAUCGUCUUUUUACAUAAACAGGAGGGGCUCAGAGCUAACUGUGCAGCCUCAUGUACAGAAACAGUUGUGACUGAUUUAAAUGCCAUUGCUUUCAAUGGGACUUAGUUGUGAUGAUGUUUUGCUGGAUUAUGCUCCUGGUCUGUAGGUGAAAAGAGUGGCGGACAUCCUCACUAAGGCUAUGUGUGUGCUUGGUGAGAUGUGCCUGUGUUGUGAGAAGCUUCCAGAACAUCACAAACUAUUGCUUGUGUGGAGGGUAGCAAAUCUCACCGUUCUCCCCUUCCCCUGGAAUUGUCCUGCACCACCUAAAAAUAAUUCCCCGAGGGUCGCAUAACUCUCAUGAAGUAGUCAUCAUGGAGUCUUCCACAUCGUGGGCACCUCUUCCCACAGCAUGUGCACAACCUUAGUCAAGAUGCUGGUCACUGACAUGUCUAUAUGUCCUGUUCACAGGUGUGCCUAUCUUUGCUAGUUCCCUCCCACAUAGUGUAGCACAUGGGAGUUGCAUCCAUUUUAGCAGACACAGCUAGGCAACAAGAUUAUUGUCAACCUUUACCAGAGUCUGUUUCACCAUCAACUUUUCUGGAAUGUAUUGCGCAAGGUCUUGAAGACCCAAAAGAGUAGGUCUCAUGUUUUUCUAGCAAACUAUUGAAGGUUUAGCAAGGUGCAUGAACUGCCCUGUUUGGAAGCUUCUGUGGCAGAUUGCAGUGUGCAACAGUAGUAGCGCUGUACAUGCAGUGAAGUGUGACUUAGCACAUAGUGUCCAGCACAUUAAUGUCGGAUACUGUCCUUUGUCUUCAAGGAAAGAUUCUGAUAUGCUGUUUCUUUGUCUGUCAGUUUUAUCCAGACAAUAUGCGAUGGUUAGAUAAUUUACUAUUUAGUGUUAAGCUAAUGAAACCGUUGGAAAUAAAAAUUCUUCCUUUUUUCCUAAAUUGAAUCUGAGGCUCAUAAUUGAAUGUAUGUUUUUGAUCAUGUGGGCACCUUAAUACUAGGGCUCAAUACUAGAACACAUAAAACAAUAAAAGAGUGUUUUUGAACAUG